AUGAAGAACACACGAUCGCCCCUGAAACCGGCAAGAAGUUUCCGGCACCCUGAUCAGGAGCCGGCGCCGGUUCCGGUGUUGACACUUCUUGGGCCAUUACAGCUGACAAAAAGUGACAAUCAAUUUUUCAGUUCUUCAUGUUAUGAUGUGGCAGCUAAGGUCAAUGAGUACUAUAAAUUUAAUGUGAUUGUCUUGCUUCAAAUGAGUUCAAGUAUCGAGAAGGAUGUCAAUGAAACUUGGGGAAGUAAAGUCCAGACUAAUUCUCUCCUCUCUUGCCGCCGCCGCCGGCCAAAUCCAUAUCCUCGCAGCCCACGAGACCGGCAGUCGGCGGCUGCAAAAAAAAAAUGCAGCCCCAAGCUGCAUCGCAGCAGCGUGCGCGGUAGUAAGCUGCUCCAAACGAGCAGCGGGACAGCGAGCACGCUGCUGCAGCAGCGUGUGCGCAAGUUGCUCCAAACAAGCAGCGGGACAGGGAGCACGCUGCGAUUUUGCUGGAGGUUCCCAGAAGCCAGCAUUCAAAUAAUGGAUUUGGUAGAAGAUAUAUACAUACACACAGACGGGAAGCACGAACGAGGGCAGAGGCGAGAAGCAGAUAUCACAGUGAAUCAACUGUUUAUACACACAUACGCAUACAGACAGGGAAGCACGAAAGAGGGCAGAAGCGAAAUACCAGCUUCGUUGAUGAGGAUUGUAACGACGAAAACCAAUAGUACAAAACUCUCCCUCUCUCAUGCAUAUCGUGAUGGUCAGCUGGAGGAAGUGCUUCUUCGCCAUCUUGGGGCAGAAGAUGGAAACACGGUGAUUGCUAAAAAUGUCAGGCUCUCGGACUUUCUUAGUAAUUUACAGAUCCGUUGA